AUGGCUGCUCCAGUACCAUUAGACCGCAUACCUCCCACAACGGCCGCCUACGUGAUCGCAACAGCGAUCAUUGCAGGCGUGACCGGAUAUUUCAUCGGCCAAGGCUCCUCGAUCAGCCUCUUCAAAGAAAAGGAAGGGUGGCCGAACAGCUACGAUGUGAAGGUCCACAGCCACUCCUCCGACGAGGAGGAUGAAUCAGACUCCGAAGAGGAAGAGACUGACGAGGAAGAUGAGGGCAACGGCGAAGAACUGUCGAGCUUCAAGGACAAUAGUGAGGAGGUGAAGCUGGUGCUGGUCGUUCGCAUGGACCUGGGCAUGACCAAAGGUAUGCGCUCUACACGCAAAGCUUCAAUUGUUCCUCGCAUUUGUGUUGCAAGCGCUUACAAUAUCUUUCUUCUAGGCAAAAUCGCAGCCCAAUGCGGCCAUGCUACCCUCGCCUGCUACAAAUACUUCCUCGAAUACGCGCCCAACUCGCCUAUCCUCAAGAAAUGGGAGCGCGGUGGCCAGGCCAAGAUCGCAUUGCAGGUCAAGUCCGAGGAUGAGCUGCUGGUCAUGCAGGCCCAGGCUAUCAGCCUUGGGCUUUGCACGCGCGUUAUCCAGGAUGCUGGGCGCACUCAAAUCGCAAGUGGCAGCAAGACCGUGCUGGGAGUCUUGGGCCCCAAGAGCGUGGUUGACGGCGUGACGGGACACUUGAAGCUGUUGUAA